AUGAGACACAAUAAAGAAAUUCCUUUCAAAGUUGUACCAAAAGAGCAUUUAUUUAGACCUUGCGAUGAAUCUGAAGGCGCAUUGACCUUAUUUAUUGCCGAGCACUCUUCUAUAUUAAGUGUUGACCAAUUAGGUGAACUAUGCAAAAUAUGUUUCAAAGACUCCAAAGCUAUACAUGAGCUUAAAUUGCAUUGCACUAAAUGUACAGAAAUAAUGAAAAAUGUGCUGAUGCCGCACUUUCUCAAGGAGCGCUUAGAUGAUAUUGGAUACCAAAAUACACUUACAACAUUGAUAGAAUCAGUGAGCCAGAGAAUUUUAAUGCCAAGACCUGUAAACAGAAUUUUAUUAGAUCCAAUAACUGACAGGGAUAUUAACCCUAGGCCUUAUCUUGGCUACAUGUUUGAAACUGCUCAACACCAUUUAGACUCCGAAAUUUUAAAUGCAAUACGACAACGCUGCUCCACCUUCUUACUGCAAUUAUUUAAGGAAUUGCAACAAAGGCUUUCAGACAACUACAAGCAGCUAGAAUCAAUGGCGUUGUUAAGUCCAGAGGAGGCAAUCAACGUUGCCGAAAUUUUGGGAUUUACACCAGAAAUAAUAGACAAGAUAAUGCAACAGUGGUACAUUCUACAUAUAUAA